AUGGCCGGCUGGGACGAAAAGCAUAUCCAUUGUUCCGUGUGGAUCAACCAUCCAGAAGUCGACGUGAUCUUCCAAUGCCAAAAGGAUAUUCGUCGCUUCCACUUGGCCGACAAGUGGAACGACUGGAGAUACGGAGUCAACCUUUUCCACGGGGACAUUGCCACCCCAGCAAGCACCAGCACGAACCCCUGGAACAGCACAGAGAUGAAAGUCAAAGGAGGAACUGCCGAGAAGUUCCAGUUCCGCGUCGUUCGCAAUGGCAAAACACUCGUCGACCGAUGGCAGGACAUCAAUGCCUACACUGGCAACCUCGGCGCCGGAAACAUGGGUAAGGACCUUAGUGCGCAAAAGGUAAUCAGAGUUGAUGGCCUGAUUAUCCAAUACACUUUCUACGACGCUGGCAACUAUGGAACUACCGACCUACCAACCGCGCACCAGUGCUACGUUACCGUUGCCCCUGAUCGCUCCUCAUGGAUGACUUCCGUCGUGCCACCUGGCUCAGAGGCCGCGAAGAAACCCUUCCAUCGCUUUGUCCUUCCUAUGCCUCACAACUUCGGCUUCAACAACAUGGAUACCUGUAAGGUGAUUGCAGACACAAUUGGGCCAGCCGCCUUCAUCAGCGAGGUGCUCACCCCACUCCUUGGUCCUUUGGGUUGGGUGGGCCAUCUCGGUCCCAUUGGCGCGGCAAAGGCCCUUGGAAUCAUGGAAGGGACAUCGCGCACCCAGAAGGAUGCCGUACCUGACCAGCUGGCAAUGGGCGCGAGGUUCUUCGAAAUGCGAGCCUCCGGCAUUGAACCGCAUAUACGCAAAUUGACUGGCCUGGAUGAUAUUUACUUCCACCAUGGCAUUCUUCCAGGCCAGCCCAUCCGCACGUUUUUCCAGGAUGCUGUGGAUUUCCUGUGCGCACAGCCCAAUGAGAUCAUCGUUGUCUGGUUUACCUGGAGCCAGACGAGCGAGCAUCACCCGGAACGCGAUGUGGUGAUGAAAAUGAUCCAGGAUUGCUUUGCCGAUGCGAAAAGCAAGGGGGUAACGCUGGAACUUGGCACCUUCGACGAGAUGAGCAAACCAGUCGAGACACUACGUCAGGAAAACAAGCGCUUCAUCAUGUCAUUCAAGGACGACGGCUACCAUCCCUACGACGUCUACGACGACAAGGGCCACAUUAUCCCCGAUGGCUCGGGCAUCAUCACUGAGUUUGAAAGUAUGACUGGUGACAAACAGGCUGGAACGUCCAUGACAUACCUGCAGUGUCAGACGACUUUGAGCAAGAACAUGGUUGCUUGUGGCGCGGCGGUCACAUUCCACAAUAAGAUCCUGUUGGCACAAAAGGCGAAUACGGAUCCGUUGACAUUGAACUGGGUGUAUGCAAAUGCGAAGGAAAGAUUUGGGGAUGAUCAUCUACUUGUCAUUUUGAAUGAUUUCUUUGAUCUUGGAACGUCCGAUGUUGCGAAUCAGCUUACUAAGAUGCGACUAUGGGACGCCUAG